AUGCAGGCGUGUGCAAUGGAAAUCAAUAUAAGUAAGAUUCUUCAAGUGGCCGAAACCCUGGAGAGCAUUGUGUGUCGCUGUUUUGGUCCAGAUGGCAGGCAAGUCUUAUUCAUUAAAUCCACCAGUGAACUUUUCAUUACCAAAGAUGGGAGAAAAAUAUUGGAAUGCCUUUUACUGGAUCACCCCAUUGCAAGGUAUUUAUAACCACUUUGAUUAAAUGUCUGUCUUAAAAAGGUUAUCUAAUCCAAAUAUAGACAACUACCAACAUAGUUUCCAAUUUAUUAUCAUUAUACCACUUAAAAAUCUUUGCAGAAAGAGGUUAGAAGCAAUUUCAUAACUUUUUAAUUACAGCAAAGAACACAAGUGUGAGUGGGAAAAAUGUUAAUUCAAUUAAAAAUGUGUGUGAUAAGAAAAUACGUUUAGUAAUAUCGCAAACAUAAAAUGAAUUGGUUAUUCCAUAGAUUAAAUAUAUUUUAUAAUAAUUCAAAUUUAAAUGACCAGUAACAAUAGUUACUAAGUGAUGUGAUUUCUCUUUCAGAAUGAUUGUGAACUCAGCUUUCAACCAUUUUCAUAUCACUGGGGAUGGUGUUAAAUCCUUUAUUAUACUGCUGUGUGGUAUCCUCCGAGGGCUAACUUUUAACAAAGACCUGCUUUCAUCUGGGAAUACAUCAGGCUGCACUAGUUAUCAAAAGCAAAGACAUUUAUUAAAAAGAAUCAGCAAUUUGCUAAUAACCUUUCAGAGCGAAGUCCUGGAGCACAUCGUUAGCAAACACCUUACUCAACAUUUUCUCUCUAUUUUUUCAACCACAACAAAAAAGAGACUUUUGUGCAGAGCAUCUCUGCAGUCAGUAUUGGACACCUUUUUCUGUGGAAGGAUUGGAUAUAAUAAUUGCACUUUUCUAAGUAGCUUAGCUUCUGAUUUUUUCUGCAAAUGUCUCCCCAAUGAUGAGUGCGCGUUUGAAGUAGUUGACCUGAUUGACAGCUGUUUUUCUGAGCUCUACACAGAGAUUCCAGGACUCGCGAUAGAUAAUUCCAGGAUAUUACCAGGAAUCGUACUGCACAGAGAUUUUUCUGUGUACUGCACAGCAGAGGGAGAACUGAGAGCUUUAAUUGUGUCAGAACAAAUCCAUCAGUCACUUUCUGCACCUGAUGUAGAUGCUGUUGUCUCCUCAGAUACUCAUCUUCAGCUUUCCCAGAGCUACUUGAGACAAAGGACUGAAAAUAUUAUCAAACAGUUACAGGAGAACCAAAUCAAGCUCAUUCUUUCAUGCAUCAAGCAAGCAGACAUUGUCCAUUAUUUUGCUAAACAAUGUGACAUUUCCAUAGUAGACUGCUUACCGCCAGAAGAACUCGAUCUUGUGUGCAGAAUCACAGGUGUAUCACCACUAAGCACACCACUUAGCAGUGACGUUGUCUUUGGACAUGUGUCUGAUACAUUCUUAGUUACUUGUUGCCAGCCAAUAGUACUCGGCUCCAGAAAAUAUGUCCAUCUUAUUUUAAACAGCUCUCUGGGCUUACAACCACACUGCAUUAUUGUUUGUGGGCCUGUCAAAGGCUUGACUGAGCAGUUUAUAUCCGCUUUCCAUGGAGCUUUUAAAAUGCUCAAACAAUUAUUUCAACCAGUGGAUGGCACUUGGGAGCAGACAAGAGAAACUCUUGACCAUUGUAAACCAAACCAAUGUUCAUCAACACUAGAACACAAUAUUUCUUGUAGCAAAUGCCAUAAAGAAACCGCUUGUUGUGACAUUGCUUUACAGGGAAUUCCACAAGCCAUUGGUAUGGACAUUACAGAUAGCAGUCGAGUUAGUGUCCUUGAAGACCAUACUAUCAAGUUAAAUAAUUUACCUUGUGGAGGUAUAGAGGGUACAUGUUUAAAUGUAGACGAUGAAACACUUGAAGCAAACAGUUCAACUGCUGAGUCCAAGGAUCAAUACAGAAAAAAUCCUGUUCUAUGUAAAUGCUUUCACAAGAGACCAGGAGCUACUGUUUCAGUCCAUUCAAUGUCAUUUCUAGGUGAUGGCUUUGUUUUACCUGGAGGUGGUACUUUUGAGAUUUUAUUACACUAUUAUCUGCAUCAAUUUGCUAGAAAAUGCCAGGAUCGGGAGUUGGCAGAGACCUGCUCUAUAGUUGGAGAAUCCCUACUGUGUAUCCCUAGCUAUAUUCACAGCUCAAGAAAAGGAAAUAUUAGUUUCCCUCUGUUUUACUCCCAGAUUAUUAGUGCCUACCAAACUAAAGAGUUGAUAGAGGUACCUCAAGCAGGUCUUGAAUCUGUGUCUUGUAAAUAUCAGUUACUGGUUUCAGUCCUUCAUUGCAUUAGCAAGCUUGUGACCAUUGACUUCAUUAUUGGCACCAAACGAUCUGUUGGCAAUAUUAGACAUGAAGAAUCAGAUGAUGAUUUAUAAACAACUUAAAAAUAAAAGACUCUUUGAAGAAAUACUGACUAGCACUAAAUGUUUACAAUGUAUCCAUCAGUUUCCAUAAUUAGUGUUCAAAACUAAUCUCAUUCUGAUUAUCAACACAGAAACUAUUGGCAAAUCAUUUGUGAAGACGUGGAUGGGCGAGAGCCAUUCUUUGAGAGAGCAGGAUGAUUUACCUGCUGUUUGGUAGGCACAGUGGUUGUUGGUACUAAAUGAUCUGUCCACCCUGAGGUUAUAUCAUAGUAAUGUAUGCUGUCUGUUGUUUAUAUUUCCAGCAUAUAUUUCCGAUGCUGUGUACAUAUUCAGUAAGGAAAAGGUGUUGCUGAAUAAAGCCUGCAUAGCAAUGUUAGAAUCAUGUAGGAUUAUACUUAAAAAGCUGUGAAAAGGAGAGUAAAAACGUACAUCAUUAUUCUAUAGCUUUAUUCUAUG